CUUUCUCCUCUUGUGAGUUGUGAUGAAUACUCUCGCCUCCACUCAACCUGAUGCCGCACAGAAUGUUCUUCGAAGCAUCUUACAUUCUCCUUCAUAGGCCCAUCGUCAGUCCACACGACAUCGCAACUGCUUCCGGGCCCGCCGCCGUAUGUCUCCAGCACAGUAGUGAGGCUACAAACCUGGCGGUCAGAUUCACUCGUACAUUUGGCGAGUAUCUGAGGUAUCUACCGAGAUACUGCUGGUUCGUAGCUGCGAGCUUUGACAUUGUCAUGCUUGAUAGUAAGAUCCAGUCUGUUCAGCGACUCGCUUUGGAUCGAUUGAGCUUGUGGUUAAAUACCAUGACCAACAAUUUACUCCGCGCACCCAGCAUGAGGCGGUCUGUCCAACAUAUCAGUAGUCGAAUCUACGAGGUCCUCGCGAGGAAUCCGUAUCUCGCUCAAUCUCCCACUGGUAUAUCAAUUCUCGCUCAUCUACGCGGACAACGGGGUAUGGGAGGAGGACCUUCCCCCCUUGGUGCAGCCGCGAAUGAGGGGAUGGGUUUCUUUGAGCUAUUGCAGAACACGUAGAAGCUGGUUGUGCUUGGUUUUUAAGCACUAUGAGAGCUCUAUCGGAGUGCAGUAUUUGACAGCAGCGGGGGAUCCUGCCCUGCUCUCGAACGUACGCUCGGCCUUCUAUCAUAGUAUGUAGUAUGUUUACAGCCACCGUCAUCCGUUGAUCGGCAAUGCCUCGCA